UUAUACAACUCCUAUACUUCGUUUUUGAUUGUUAUUUCUUAUCUGACCGAGCAGAUUAAAAAAAUAUUUUUACAGAUUUCAUGCCCAUUCAUACAUAAACAUAUAUAUAUAUACUUAUUUAUUUAUUUGUUUAUUUAUUUACACCCACAUCUAUAUUUUUAUUUAUUUGUUUAUUUAUUUGCUUAUCUAUUUAUUUGUUCAUUUAUCUAUUUAUUUAUUUAUCUAUUUAUUCAUUUAUCCAUUUAUUUGUUUAUUUAUCUACUUAUUUAUUUAUUUAUUCAUUUACUUAUUUAUUUACCUAUUUAUUUAUUCAUUCAUUCACCUAUUUAUUUAUUUGUUUAUUUAUCAAUUUAUUUAUCUAUUUAUUUAUUCAUUCAUUCACCUAUUUAUUUAUUUGUUUAUUUAUCAAUUUAUUUAUCUAUUUAUUUAUUCAUUCAUUCACCUAUUUAUUUAUUUGUUUAUUUAUCAAUUUAUUUAUUUAUUUAGUUAAAAAUUCCACUUCGGUUGUGAUAUUU